AUGGGUAAAACCAAUAAAAGCAGUUUUGAACCUUUCGCCAAUAAUUUACCCACUACCCCGCGUCAUUCAAUGAUGACAAUAGUCGACUCUUCAAUCAAACAAAAAUCAAUUUCUCGAAAAAAUCGCACACGCAAUGAAAUUCCAUUAAAUUUCGAUCCGACUAUAGUUUACAAACCACGUUUUUGUCUUCAAGCUCUUAUUAGCACCUCGAAAAAACGCCAUUCAAUUGAUAAGCCUCCUCGCUCACCAAACUCUUUCUUUCUUUUUAAGAACUGCCUGUUGCUCGAAUUAUGGGAACUAGAUUUGAGGCCCGCCAUGCCCACAGUCUGUAAACUGGCAAAGAACUUGUGGAAAAAUGCGCCACAAGAAGCUAAAGAGUUAUAUGAUAGUCUUUCCACGGAAGCUCUUAGAAUUCACCAUUCGAUGUACCCGAAUUAUAAAUUCCAGCCAAAAAGACCAGAGGCUUCAAAAAAUAACAAAUAUAUUACAAACACCGCUGCUGGAAUGACAACGACUUUUAGCAUUAAUCCCGUUUAUCCGAUAAUAACUGUUUCUUCGGCAAAUGAAUCGCAACAAUCGGUUUCUAACUUUGACGGCGGAUUGUCUGAUGUAUCUUAUACUUCGCCAAUCACACCAUCGAUACCUUCUCCAUUGUCUCUACCAGUAAAUGAACAAGAAUUAGAUUUCAAUCCAAUAUGGUUGGCUCCUGAAGCCGAAAAUUCACAUCAUAUAUACAAUAACAUAGCACCAACUUAUAAUUUCGAUUUUACCAUUUCGGAAAAUCCAGAAUAUAACGGGAUCGAAUUCAUUCAGAAUCCUUUUACGAACGAUGAUCAAUUCUUUAAAUUUUUAGAAGCAAAUUUUAAUAGUCCUAGCAAUUCACCAUUUGAACUUUUUUCUGAUUUUGAAAAUUUUCAACCAUUUAAUAAUUUCGUUAGUGUUGAUGAAUUGCUCAAUUAG